GGCGCCAUGUUUGAUGCUCCGCUGCUCCAGUGAGGAGAAUCCGCCGGCAUCGCCCCGCAGCCGCCACCGCCGAGGGCGCCGCUGCCCCCGGGGAGGGGGCCCGACACCCUCCGCCGCCGCCGGCGGCCCAUGAGCAGCGCGGCCUGAGCGGCGGCGCCCGCCCGCCCGCCCGAGGCGCGUUGUCACGGAGACCGGCCGGUGGUGCUGGCCCGCCGGGCUGCCCCUGCCCCCGCCGCCGCGGCCCGGCUCCCCCCCGGCCCCGCUCCCCGCCGGGGGGUGGUGGCUGCGCGUGGCCAUGAGUGUCCCGCAGAAGGCGGCUCUGAAGCCCGGCUCGGCGGCGGCGGGCAGCGGGGCGGCGGCGGCGGCGCCGGGGCCGCCUCCCCCCGCGGCUCCCCCUCACCCGGCGGCCGCGGGGGCGCCUCCUCCGCACCCCGCCAUCCGGGCCUUGCCGCCCCAGCCGCCCCAACAAAUUCCCAGAGGUCCUGUGCAGCAGCCCCUCGAGGAUCGGAUCUUUACGCCGACAGUCUCAGCUGUGUACAGCACUGUAACACAAGUAGCAAGACAGCCGGGCCCUCCUGCCCCAUCCCCUUACUCUGCACAUGAAAUAAAUAAGGGACACCCAAAUCUUGCUGCAACACCUCCGGGACAUGCAUCGUCCCCUGGACUUUCACAGGCUCCGUACCCCUCAGGACAGAAUGCAGCUCCAACCACGUUGGUGUACCCCCAAGCCCCUCAAACAAUGAACACACAGCCUCAAACGCGCUCUCCGCCCAGCAGAACAGUGCCAAUACAUUGCACAGACAACUGGAAGAGGAGGAAGGUUUUGGAACAGAGUCCGGUUUACAGGUCCCUGGCUGGAAGAGGCUGGAUAAAAUACUGCAUUUUUGCAGCGGGGCCUCGACCUGCCCAUCACCAGGGAGGAUUCAGACCCAUUCAGUUUUUUCAGAGGCCUCAAAUACAGCCUCCAAGAGCUACCAUCCAGAACAGCAGCCCUUCCAUCCGUCCUGGUGCGCAAACACCAACUGCAGUGUAUCAAACCAACCAACACAUCAUGAUGGUUAACCACCUGCCAAUGCCGUAUCCAAUGCCCCAGGGCCCCCAGUACUGUAUACCACAGUAUCGUCAUAGCGGUCCUCCGUACGUGGGGCCUCCGCAGCAGUAUCCUGUUCAGCCACCGGGGCCAGGCCCAUUUUAUCCAGGACCGGGUCCUGGAGAAUUCCCCAAUGCUUAUGGCACCCCUUUUUACCCAAGUCAGCCAGUGUAUCAGUCAGCACCCAUCAUAGUGCCUACACAGCAGCAGCAGCCUCCCCCAGCUAAGAGAGAGAAAAAAACGAUCCGAAUCCGGGAUCCAAAUCAGGGGGGCAAAGACAUAACAGAAGAAAUUAUGUCCGGAGGAGGCAGCAGAAACCCUACGCCUCCCAUCGUGAGACCCACCUCCACACCUACUCCACCUCAGCAGCUGUCCAGCCAGGUCCCAGAGCACAGCCCUGUGGUUUAUGCGACUGUUGAGAGCACUCCUCUCGCUGCCACCACCACAGUUACUGCGACUAGCGACCCGAAACAAGAAGAGAAGCCAAAACCAGAUCCAGUAUUAAAAUCUCCCUCCCCAGCCCUCAGACCAGAGCCCAGCGGAGAGAAGAAAGAUCAAGCUGGCCAGACGUCCGAGGCUGCUGUGGUAGAAACAACACCAGACGUUCCUCCAGCUGCCUCGCCACCCCCUGUUGCUCCUGUUGCGGUGGUUUCUGCCCCUCCUGCUGCUGCUGCUGCCCCUCCCGCUGCUGUCACCAUACCAAGUAAAUCUACACUCAUAGUUGACUCAGAGGAGAGAGAGGAACUACCUUCCCCAAAAGAGGAAGCAAUGCCUAUAUCCAAUGCCGCACCCUUCACAGAAACACCAGAUCCUUCACCAACAGAAGAAGCUGAUGUCGAAAUGUGCAAGGAGCCUAGUAGUGUAGCGCCUAGUGAUAUUCCAGUGACUGCUAGUACUAAUGUAAUUAAUGAAAUGAAUGGAGUUAGUGAAAAAGUGACUGCUACAGACAGUAUAGUAGACCUAGUCCAACAGGAGGAAGCACCAUUGACUGUUGAAUUGGAGCCGCCAGAAGCCCCACCUGCAGAAGUGGAUAGUGUAUCACCUGUCAUUGCUCUUCCCACUGCUCCUUCUCCUCCUCCCACCCCUCCUCCAACUCCUCCAUCUCCUCCUCCAGUUUCUGUUGCUGCUGCUGUUACCACUACAACUCCUCCUUCUCCAUCUCCUCCUCCUCUUCCACCUCCUGGUGCCCUCCCUGUUAUUCAGGGAGAUUUAGAAGGAGAGGAGAGCACAAGAACUACUAUUAGUGAAGAGGUAAAAGAUACUCAAAAGAAAGAGGACACGGAAGCAGAUGGACAACCAGAGGAAAUUGCAGAGUCUCCGAGUUUAAAUUCCAGAAAGAGUCCUGUACCAGCCCAAACAGCUGUAACUGCACCAAAGACGUGGAAGAAACCAAAAGAUCGGACCCAAGCCACUGAGGAGGUGUUAGAGGCGGAAACAGAGCCUAAAGUAGAAGAGGAACUUUCAGGUGACAAAGUACUUGAAUCUGAGCAGGAUAAAAUGAGCCAUGGGUUUCAACUGGAGAGAGACCCCUCUGAACUUAAAAAAACAAAAGCUGUGGAAGAAAACGGAGAGCAGGAAGCGGAGCCUGUACGUAAUGGUGCUGAGAGCGUGUCAGAGGGUGAAGGACCUGAUGCUAACUCGGGCGUCACAGAAGGUUCCACGGAAGGGCCAGUAUACCAGUAUAAACCAGAGCAGUGGAAACCCGUGGAUCCUGAAGGAAAGAAGCAGUAUGAUAGGGAGUUUUUGCUGGACUUCCAGUUCAUGCCUGCAUGUAUACAGAAGCCAGAAGGGCUGCCUCCCAUAAGCGAUGUGGUCCUCGACAAGGUGAGAGGAGACCCAAUAAAACAGAUUAAUCAGCCAAAAUUGCCAGUGAGAACUCUGGACCCUCGGAUAUUGCCUCGGGGACCAGAUUUCACACCAGCCUUUGCCGAUUUUGGGAGGCAAGCAUCCGGUGGAAGGGGCGUAUCUGGAAGUGCCUGCAAAAUGCAGAGCAACCCUGGAUUGCCUUCUCUGGCUCGAUGUGGUACCCCAGCAUGCCCUCUGUUGGUCUCGUCUCACCCACCAUUGAGGAACCUGCCGAUGGGGUUGUUGAAUGUUGGACCGAGGAGAUCUCAGCCAGGCCAGAGAAGGGAGCCCAGGAAGAUCAUCACUGUGUGUGUGAAAGAAGAUGUCCACUUGAAGAAAGCAGAGAAUGCUUGGAAGCCAAGCCUGAAAAGAGACAGCCAAGCCGAGGACCCAGAAAAUAUCAAGACCCAGGAGCUGUUCCGCAAGGUACGAAGCAUCUUAAACAAGCUGACGCCGCAGAUGUUCAAUCAGCUAAUGAAACAAGUAACGGACCUGACGGUAGACACAGAAGAGAGGCUGAAAGGAGUCAUUGACCUGGUCUUCGAGAAAGCCAUUGAUGAACCCAGCUUUUCUGUUGCUUAUGCAAACAUGUGUAGAUGUCUUGUGACGCUGAAAGUACCCAUGGCAGACAAGCCCGGGAGCACAGUCAAUUUCCGCAAGUUGUUACUGAACCGUUGCCAGAAGGAGUUUGAAAAGGACAAAGCUGAUGAUGAUGUCUUUGAGAAGAAGCAGAAGGAACUUGAAGCUGCUUCUGCUUCAGAAGAGAAGACACGGCUCCGGGAUGAGCUAGAGGAGGCCAGGGACAAGGCUCGGCGGAGAUCCAUUGGAAACAUCAAGUUCAUUGGCGAGCUCUUCAAACUGAAAAUGCUGACUGAGGCCAUCAUGCACGACUGUGUGGUGAAGCUGCUUAAGAACCACGAUGAGGAGUCCCUGGAGUGCCUUUGCCGCUUGCUGACUACCAUUGGCAAAGACUUGGACUUCGAGAAAGCAAAGCCUCGUAUGGACCAGUAUUUUAAUCAGAUGGAAAAGAUCGUGAAAGAGAGGAAAACGUCCUCCAGAAUUCGGUUCAUGCUUCAGGAUGUCAUAGACCUAAGGCUGUGCAACUGGGUAUCGCGGAGAGCAGAUCAAGGCCCUAAGACAAUUGAGCAGAUUCAUAAAGAAGCAAAAAUUGAAGAGCAGGAAGAACAGAGAAAGGUCCAGCAACUCAUGACCAAAGAGAAGAGGAGGCCAGGUGUCCAGAGGGUAGAUGAAGGCGGAUGGAACACCGUGCAGGGGGCGAAGAGCAGUCGAGUGCUGGACCCCACCAAAUUCCUUAAAAUCACUAAGCCCACAAUCGAUGACAAGAUUCAGCUUGUGCCUAAAGCCCAGUUGGGCAGCUGGGGGAAGGGCAGCAGUGGCGGAGCAAAGGCAAGCGAGAUUGACUCCUUACGACCAAGUGCCACUAGUUUGAACAGAUUUUCUGCGCUGCAGCCUCCAGUGUCAUCUGUAUCUGCCUCAUCUGCUUCCUCAGAGUUAGACUCUCGAAGGGCCUUAACUAGUCGUGGGAGCACAGGCAGAGAGAAGAAUGACAAACCGCUCCCAUCGUCAGUCACUCGUCCAAGCACCUUCUUGCGGGGUAGCAGCAGUAAAGAGCUGCUGCUAGAUAAUCAGGCGCAAGAAGAACAGCGGAGAGAGAUGCUAGAGACUGUGAAACAGCUAACGGGAGGCAUGGAGAUAGACAGAAACAGUGCGGAGGCAGACAGGAACAAAGCCAAGGAAACCGCCAAGCCAGAAACUGCCACAGCUCCGGUACAAGACAAGCCUUCGCUAUCAGAAGAGGAAAUGGAGAGAAAAUGCAAAUCCAUCAUUGAUGAGUUUUUGCACAUUAAUGAUUAUAAGGAAGCAAUGCAGUGCGUGGAGGAGCUGAAUGCGCAGAAUCUGCUGCCUGUUUUUGUGCGAGUCGGAGUGGAGUCUACCCUGGAGCGGAGUCAGAUCACCAGGGAUCACAUGGGCCAGUUACUACAUCAGUUGGUGCAGUCAGGAAAGCUAAGCAAGCAGGACUUCUUCAAGGGCUUUUCAGAUACUUUGGAGAUGGCAGAUGAUAUGGCCAUUGACAUACCCCACAUUUGGUUGUACCUAGCUGAAUUGGUGACCCCCAUGUUAAAAGAAGGAGGAAUCUCUAUGAGAGAACUUAUAACAGAAUUUAGCAAACCUUUACUUCCUGUGGGAAGAGCUGGGGUCUUGCUUUCUGAGAUAUUGCACCUUCUAUGCAAACAAAUGAGCCAUAAGAAAGUGGGAGCCUUAUGGAGGGAGGCUGGCCUCAGUUGGAAGGACUAUUUACCAGAAGGAGAGGACGUACACACCUUUCUCAUGGAGCAGAAAUUGGACUUCACAGAGUCCGACUGUUCCAGUUCCUCAGAAGCACUUUCAGAGAAAGAUCUCUCUGCUGAAGAGCUAAACAAACAGCUAGAGAAACUCAUUAUUGAGGACAAGACGAACGAUGAACAGAUCUUUGACUGGGUAGAGGCUAAUCUAGAUGAAAGCCAGAUGAGUUCACCUACAUUCCUUAGAGCUUUAAUGACAGCAGUUUGUAAAGCAGCUAUUAUAGCGGACUCGUCUAGCUUCCGUGUGGACACUGCUGUUAUCAAACAGAGAGUGCCGAUCUUACUCAAGUACCUAGACUCAGAUACAGAGAAGGAACUACAAGCACUUUAUGCACUACAAGCAUCAAUAGUAAAACUUGAUCAGCCUCCUAAUUUGUUGCGGAUGUUUUUCGAUUGCCUGUAUGACGAGGAGGUAAUAUCAGAGGAUGCCUUCUACAAGUGGGAAAGCAGCAAGGACCCGGCAGAGCAGAACGGGAAAGGAGUAGCACUGAAAUCAGUCACCGCGUUCUUCACGUGGUUACGGGAGGCGGAAGAGGAAUCAGAGGAUAAUUAAAACUUAAAAUACAGAAAACAAAGCAAACAAAGAAACAAUUUAAGUAUUUUUUUAAAAAGUUUCACGUCUUCGCCAAUCACAGUGCAGCAAGGCCAAUUCUCGCGCAGAACCCCCCCCUUCCCCCACACAUGCACGAGUGGGAGAGGAAACAAUAGAUAAACACAAAGGUGAUCAUGGAGGAAAUAAGGUACUUGAAAAAAAUAAGUAAACUUCAAACCUGAGGGCGGGAGCACUAAACCAAAACACAUGUAUUAUUUAUAGAAAAUAUUUUGUUUUAAUCUUUUUUUUUUUUUCCUUUCCUUUUUAAGCAAGGACUCAUACUUAAAAAACAGAUCUGUUUAGCAAAAAAUAAAAAAAAAAAACAGUUGAAAACUUUUAAUUUAUUAUUUUAAGAACUGCAAAUGCCAGUGUAAUUUUUAAAUUUGCAGUUUCUGUAAACAAAUUGUAUAAUAGAAGAAAAAAAAGCAGAAAAAUAAAUGUCCCUCCCCUUCAGAUGCACCUCAGUUUUGUUUCAAAGCAUGGUAGAUAGACAAAACUUUCAAGGGGGUUUGGGGUGAGCUAGGUGAGGAAGAGAUCCAAUUUUUUUUUUAAUUGUCAUCAGAUUUUUCUGCCUGCCUCUCCGCUUGCUUCAGAAAUUAAAAAGAAAAAAUAGUAAUCAAACGUACAUAACUUUGGAACAGGAGGAAAUGCAUUUGAGAAAACCGCUGUGGACCAGAGUGCUCCGAAAAAUAACUCGUUCAAAACAGUGCUACCCUGGGGAAAAAAAAGUACUAGUGAUACUUUCAAAUCCUUUAGAUCAACUUUAAGGCUUGUAAAUACAUAGAACAAAUAUUUAAAAACCGAAAGAAAUUGACUCAAUACUAUUUCUUUUCACUUUCAAAAUAUAAAGAACAAAAUAAAGACAAACAUUGCAAGUUUAAAGAAAGUAACGCGACUUCUCCUUUUGACAGCUCUGAAUGUGCACCGGCCCUGAGCGGGGCUGGCUUCGGCGCAGUGUAGAUUCUGGAUCCUGGUCUGCGUACAUCCCGCGUGUGUCUGUAUGUGUGUCUACCAAAAGGGGGAGAGCAUUUGCCGUAACUAGGGGCCUGCUGCCUGAGAAACCUUUUCAUGGCAAUGAGCAGCUAGCAAACGUAGGUCUGCCUGGUUUCAAAUGCACCAGCGUUAGGCUGGGAGAUGACCCGUGGGGCAUUCAUUAGCGCUCCUGGCUCAGUUGUGCAGCUGUGUGACCGCAGCGUGUCCUGCGACUUGGGAACGCUGGCAUUUUCUGGUGAUUUGUCAUAGUACUAGCUCUCUCAACAGGUUGUCGUCUUUCAAACAGAUAAAAUGACAUUCCUUCUCAAUGGCCUGUACCUCCAUUACCACCACAGUCCUUUGCAUCUGUCGGUUGCCAUGCUGUGUUUAAGAAACCCAGAGACCCGCAGGAAUGAAAAAAGAAAGCGACCUACUGCAUUAAACAAAAGAGGUGAAUGGAGUGCUAUGAGUGGUACAGUGCUCUUCCCAGCUCUGCCCAAAGGAAGCCUGGGCCCUGGCUUCUCUGGCACAGAUUAACAGUGGUUAAUGUCGGAGCGCGUGCUAGCUCUGUGCGAGGAUGACUCCAGCGUGCCCUGGUGCCAUACAGAGUACCGUCCUCAAAACUGAGCUGCCGUGUCUCACUUGAGCAACCAAAGAUGACCUGCUGGCUCUCACUGUGAAGAAGCGUCGACCGUUAUACAGUCUGCAAGCUUGGGAAGCCCUAAAACGUGGUGUGUGAACUGUGGUCCCUGGACCAUAAGUGACCUGUGGAGUGCUUGGUGGGGGGCUGUGGGGUGCUGGCAGGGCACAUGGUGCUGUUUCUUUCCAGCUGCUAAAUCACAUACAAAUACAUGAUUACUUUUCUAAUCUCA